AUGUCGACUGGCAUUCUAUUCAUCCGUGACUCACGCACUAACGCGAAUUAUGAGAUCCCCAUUAACCGAAACGCAGUACGGGCGACCGACCUUCAGCGUAUCCGGGCACCUUCCCUGAACAGCAAUCGCGCAGACCAAGUUGCCCAUGGGUUGCGUGUUUAUGAUCCCGGAUUGCAAAACACAGCCGUGACAGAAUCACCUAUCAGCUUCUCUGAUCAUGAGCGCGGCCUACUUCUGUAUCGAGGGUAUACCCUAGACCAACUCUGGGGGUGUGACUUUGAAGAAAUGUUUCACCUGCUGCUAUGGGGAACAUAUCCUACAGCAAGUCAAUUCGAAGAGUUGCGCCGGCAGCUGGCACAAUAUAUGCAAGUGGUCCCUGAUAUUGUGCGCCAGACCAUCGUUAAUCUCCCCAAGGAGACUAGCCCACUGCCGCUGGUUCUAGCAGGCCUUUCAGCCUACCUGGCCUGUACGCCCGAUGUGAUCCCAGCGACCACAAAUCCGACGAUUUACCAAAGAGACAUCAAACGGGCCGACCAAAUAAUCCUACGAACUGUCGCUGCUUACGCUGUGGUCUUCGGGGCCGUGAGAUCCCACCGACUAGGCAUUCCCUGGAAGUCUCCAUCGAUCCACCAAACCUACUACGAGAAUCUAUUCGCCAUGGCCGGUCUUGUAGACCCAAAGACAAACCGACCAGAUCCCACUCGCGUGUCCUGUUUCCGCCGCUUUGGCAACCUGAAUGCCGAGCAUGGAAUGGCCCUAACAGUCUUCUCAACAGUAGUUACUGCCUCAUCUCUCACCGACCCAGUGUCCUGCCUAAUAGCUACCGUGGCUGCCGCACACGGACCCCUACACUUCGGCGCAACAGAGUCAGCCCAACUCGCUCUCCGUAACAUUGGAGAACCGAAGAAUGUUCCAGCCUUCAUUGAAGACAUAAAAUCUGGAAAGCAAAAGUUAUUCGGAUACGGCCAUCGCACUUACAAGGGAAUGGACCCGCGCGUGCGUCCCAUCCAAAGUAUCCUCAAGGAUAUGACCGAUGUUAAUCAACCGCUAUUGAAAGUCGCUGAGGCGAUCGAAGAGGCUGCUUCGAAAGAUGAGUUUUUUAGUACGCGGGGCUUGUAUCCCAAUGCGGACUUUUACGGUAACUUCGUAUUUACCGGAAUUGGUUUCGAGCCUGAUAUGAUUCCGGCGGCAAUGCUUGCUCACCGCAUUAUUGGUAUCAUGGCACAUUGGAGAGAGUACAUGGUCAAUCGUGGCAAGCUGUUUCGACCUAUUCAUCUGUAUACAGGUCAUGCGGAGCCAACUUCGGGCCCCAGGCCUAAGAUCUAA